CUUGGGCGCGGCGGCGCCCGCCUGGCCCGGUCGCGGGGCUGGAGCGGGGCCUUGCCGGGCCUACCCGAGUCCCCGGCGGAGGAUGACUGGGGAGCGCUCGGAACGGGCGUCCUGCAACCGGCCCGUCUUCCUGCUUGGCCGCGCCUUACCCCGGGGCGCGCGGCCUCUGGGAGCGGCUCCACGCCGGAGCUGCAGGCAAGGGCCUGGGGGCGACACGAAACUCGAUAGGAGCCAGCAGGGAACUGACAUUGCUGCUGGAGAGGAGGUUGCCAUCAAACUGGAAUGUGUAAAAACCAAACAUCCUCAGCUCCACAUAGAGAGUAAAAUCUACAAGAUGAUGCAGGGAGGAGUUGGUAUUCCAACAAUUAAAUGGUGUGGAGCUGAAGGAGAUUAUAAUGUGAUGGUAAUGGAGUUGUUAGGACCAAGUCUUGAAGAUCUCUUCAAUUUUUGUUCACGAAAAUUCAGUCUCAAGACAGUCCUGUUACUUGCUGACCAAAUGAUAAGUCGUAUUGAAUACAUUCACUCUAAGAACUUCAUCCACCGAGAUGUGAAACCUGAUAAUUUCCUGAUGGGGCUUGGAAAGAAGGGCAACCUUGUCUACAUCAUAGACUUUGGGUUAGCCAAGAAAUAUAGAGAUGCUCGAACUCACCAGCACAUCCCAUAUCGUGAAAACAAAAACUUAACAGGAACUGCCCGUUAUGCAUCCAUCAAUACUCAUCUUGGAAUUGAGCAAUCUCGCAGAGAUGAUUUGGAGUCUUUGGGCUACGUACUGAUGUAUUUUAACCUGGGCUCCCUUCCCUGGCAGGGGCUAAAGGCAGCAACAAAAAGACAGAAGUAUGAACGUAUCAGCGAAAAGAAAAUGUCUACACCCAUUGAGGUUUUAUGUAAAGGAUACCCGUCUGAGUUUGCUACAUACCUGAAUUUCUGCCGUUCUUUGCGUUUUGAUGACAAGCCAGAUUAUUCCUAUCUAAGACAAUUAUUCAGAAACCUGUUCCACCGGCAAGGCUUCUCCUAUGACUAUGUAUUUGACUGGAAUAUGCUCAAAUUUGGUGCAAGCAGAGCUGCUGAGGAUGCUGAACGGGAGCGAAGGGAACGAGAGGAAAGAAUGAGACAUGCACGAAAUCCAGCAGUUCGUGGCUUACCUUCCACAGCUUCUGGUAGGCUGAGAGGAACGCAAGAUGUGGCUCCUCCCACUCCUCUUACUCCAACCUCACAUACUGCUAACACCUCUCCUCGUCCAGUGUCUGGAAUGGAGCGAGAAAGGAAAGUGAGUAUGAGAUUGCAUCGUGGUGCCCCUGUCAAUAUCUCUUCAUCCGACUUAACAGGCCGACAAGAUACCUCUCGCAUGUCGACUUCACAGAUUCCUGCUCGGGCGACUCCCAGUGUUCUCCAGUCUGCUGUGCACCGAUGAAAAUUACUUUGCCAUGGAGGGCAGAUAAUGCAUGGCUGAUCUCCUGUAUUACCAAUGGCUUUACUAGCAAAAAUACCCCAAACUAGAGCAGAAACAUUACAGUUGGAGUUCUCCAUGCCACUUACAAAAAGAUACUCACAAGAACAUGGACAGAGACUCCAGCAGCUGCCAUUACAGGACGCUUUUGCCAGAAACCCAGUGACCUUAAGUGAACUCUGUGGCAACAGGGCUGGAAAAGGAAGAGAUGGUUUACAGAGUUAACCGCCUGUUAUUGAAUAGCCAUUUCAGUUCUCCCUCCACAGGCGGCAGACUUUACCCCUUUUUAUUAUUCUACUGUAACUAUAAAACUUUUACUUAGUUUAAGAGAAUUUUUUGUAUCAUUUUGCUAAAAUUAUUGGCUUAAUUCUCUGUAAAGAAUUCUGUCUUGCUUUUGUCUGAUUUAAAAAUGUAGAAUAUAAACCAUCCUGAAUUCAAGAUGAUGACUUGAAGUUUCUUGUAAAAUUUAGUCUGGCAGGGAACAUGUAAAUGAAUUAAAGCCAUCUGAUUUUAUUUAAA